CACCCGAAUAAAAACACGAAAUCUACAAUCAGAAAUACCCUGGUACAACUUCAAGCAACCCUUCCACCUUGAAUCCGUACGCACCGGUAAACACACAAUCCUCGCUCAUGGCCUAUUAUCGAAGAGGAGACUCCAUCUUUGAUUCAUUCUCUUUGAGUCCCUUGCCUUAUCCAGUUUUGCUGAUCCUGGCGUUGGCAUCGAUAUUUCUCGGAAUAUCAUGGUACGUCAACCACGAAUCUCUUCUGGAAACCGCCAAACAGCAAUUAAGUUGGGUGCUUUUUGCUACACCAGUUGUGCUCAUACUCUUGGCUCGUUGGCUGUCAUCUAUCGAUACUCGUGAUAUGUUUCUUUUCGGCUCAUCGCCGUGGGAACGACGUCGCCGGACUCACCAUCUUCCUUCCGAGGGUAGCUCUCCUUGGACCGUGGCUGCUUUCAUUGUGUUGUUGCUGAUUUUGGUGCAGUAUCAGUCAGUUUUUCGUGAGAGCUGGCUGGUAUGAUUAUGAUACUUUAUAAUAGAUAGAUGAAAACUAGUUGUGGAUUUCUUUUCUGGUUGGUUUUUAGGUGAUCCUUAUAAUGAAUUAGACUUAACCAACAACCAGUUAAUCUAGUAGUGUGAGACAACAUCCUAA